AUGAGAUUACUGCACAUAGCUCAGGCUUGUCCAUGUCUACGUGGACAGGCUCUUAAAUUAGCUCACGAUUAUAUAAAAACUUCAACUUAUAAUCUAUCUGCAUAUGAACAAAUAUUUUAUAUCGAAAAACAUCUAACUGCGGAAUCGAUGGAUACAGACACAAUUUUGGAUAGUGAAACUAUGAAAAUUGUUAAAUCUGGAAAUAACGAAGUGGGUUUAGUGUAUGAUGAAGAGUGGGUUCGAAGUAUAGCUUCCCGCGUUAAUAAAACUCGUGAUCAUCUCGAAACGGAAUUGAAAACAUCUAAAAUCAAUGGCGUAGUUGUGCAUACAAGAAAGGCUUAUAUCGAAAUGGGUGAUUUUUGGUCAAAAUGUGGUGAUUUCUUGAACGCAUUGAGGUGCUAUACUCGUUCAAGAGAAUACAGUCAAUCACCAGGAGACGAUGUGAAUUCUUGUCUUAAGAUUACCAGGAUGGCCAUUCUUCAGGCCAAUUGGACUCAGGCAAGCGCUUACGCAAAGCUAGCUGAGAAUUGCUGUGAAGUCGAUUGCACAGCUUCUAAAAAUAUUGGAAAUGCUGAGGCGCCGGAAGUUUAUUUUAUGACACGACGUGAUGAAGGAGACCUCUUGGAACCUCAACAGAAAAACCUAGCCUCGGAAAAACCGCCUGAUCAUUUGCCCAUUGCAACUCAGAUCGUUAAAGCUGAAUUGCAUUUGAGUUUUGCCCUCAUAAAACUGGCCACUGGUGAUUAUCGAGACGCCAUUGAACAUUUUGUUCAGGCAAACAUUGACCCCGAUGAGUGCACGUUCGACAACCCAAGCAAUUUUGUAACUCGCAGUGAUGUUGCGCGCUGUGUUGCUGUUUGUGCCCUGGCUACCCUUAGCCGAUCAGCUCUAAAGACCGAUAUUCUCAAUCAUCCCUCCUUCCGCCUUGUUCUUGAAGCAGAAGUUGAAGCGCGAGAUUUACUACUUGCAUUUCACUCGGCCGACUACACAAGUGUUUUCACGCAUCUAGAGAAGCUAAUGAGCUACCUCAAGUUGGAAAUCUUUGCUGCGGAUCAUGUUGAGGAGUUAUAUCAAAUGAUUCGAGUGAAGGCGCUGCGGCAGUACUUUGUGCCGUUCGUUAGAGCGGAUUUGAGGAUUAUGGCGGAGGCAUUCAGAACCAGUGUAACGGAUCUGGUCGGUGAAUUGGCGGAACUUAUUCGCACGGGAACUAUCAAAGCACGAAUUGAUUAUGAGAAGCAGCUUCUAUGUCGUGCCAUUGUUGACGAACGGAAUCAGACAUUCAAAGACACCAUGAGAAUUAUUGAUCAAUCCCAUCAACGUCUCCAAGCUGCCGUACUCAAAGCGAACAUUAUACGAAGGGGAUAUGCAGCAGGCCAUCAUCUAGGUCCUCGUGUAUGGUGA